CACUGAUGUGCGCUAAUGAGGCUGCAGUGAUGGGCACUGAUGGGCAUUGACAGGAAUCACUGACAGGCAUCACUGAUACAUGGCACUGAUGGGUGACACUGAAAGGCAGCUCAGAUGGGCACGAUAUGUGGCAUUGAUGUGGCACUGGCGGACACUGACAAGUGGCACUGCUGGGGCUACACUGAUCAUCAGGGCACACUGAUCAUCAGUGCCCUGAUGUUCACGUGACAGCUCGGGAGGAGAGAAAUACUGAUAACCGGCAUUUCCCUGUUUACAUGUGAUCAGCUGUGAUUGGACA